AAAUAUAUCAUAUAUAGUAUCCAACAAACCAUUAGAUACAACCCUGUAAAUAUACACACAACCCUUUAUAAAGAUAGAUAUAAAGUGUUUCAACAUCAUUGUUUACUCAAAUACAAAAUAUCUCCAUCAUAUUGUUUUCUUCGGUCUUCUGUUUGAAAUGACCAAAGCUAAAACCAUGGUUUCCAGCAAGUGUACAAGCUCGCUGUUAGCAGCUUUGUUGUUAGUUUUCAUGUUUUCUCAUCCUGCAGCUGCAUACGAUCCUUUGGAUCCAAAUGGCAACAUUACAAUUAAGUGGGAUGUUAUGUCUUGGACUCCUGAUGGCUAUGUGGCAGUGGUAACAAUGACCAACUUCCAAAUGUACCGGCACAUAAUGAGUCCAGGGUGGAGCAUGGGGUGGGUUUGGACCAAGAAAGAAGUGAUAUGGUCAAUGGUUGGGGCCCAAGCUACAGAGCAAGGAGACUGUUCCAAGUUCAAAGAUGGGAAUAUGCCUCACUGUUGUAAGACUAAUCCAACAGUAGUUGAUUUGCUUCCUGGUGUCCCUUACAACCAGCAAAUUGCCAAUUGUUGUAAAGGGGGUGUUGUGGCCUCUUGGGGCCAAGACCCUUCUGCUGCUGUCUCUUCUUUUCAAGUCAGUGUGGGCCGUUCUGGCACUUCCAACAAGACUGUUAAACUACCCAAGAACUUUACUUUAAUGGGCCCUGGGCCUGGAUACACUUGCAGCCAGGCUAAGAUUGUUACCCCUACUCCUUUCAUCUCACCCGAUGGUCGUAGGAAAACUCAGGCUUUGAUGACUUGGAAUGUUACAUGUUCUUACUCACAGCUACUGUCUUCAAAGUACCCAAAAUGCUGUGUCUCCUUGUCAUCAUUCUAUAACUCAACCAUCACUCCUUGUCCAACUUGCGCUUGUGGUUGUCAAAAUAAGAACAAAUGCGUUGAAAGUGAUUCGAAACUGUCAAGUGUUGUGGGAUUACAUACACCUAGAAAAGACAAUGCCCCAUUGCUUCAGUGCACACAACACAUGUGCCCAAUUAGAGUGCAUUGGCAUGUGAAAAUUAACUACAAGCAGUACUGGCGUGCCAAGAUUGCCAUCACAAAUUUCGAUUAUAGGUAUAACUAUACACAGUGGACCCUUGUUGCUCAGCACCCUAAUCUCAACAAUGUCACCCAAGUUUUCAGCUUCAACUACAAGCCAAUUGUGCCCUUCCAAUCCAAGAAUGAUAGUGGUCUGUUUUAUGGGAUGAAAUUCUUCAAUGAUGUCUUAAUGGAAGCUGGGCCAAAUGGGAAUGUUCAGACAGAGAUAAUAAUGGAGAAAGAUUUAGAGACAUUCACAUUUAGAGAAGGUUGGGCGUUCCCUCGAAAGAUCUAUUUCAAUGGAGAUGAGUGCAUGAUGCCUCCACCUGAUUCCUACCCACGAAUGCCCAACUCUGCCCAUUCAUUUCUACCAAACCUGUCUCUCUUUUGGGUUUUGCUUACUCUACUGUUUUUUUGAUCAUGUAGUUAUAUAUUAUCGGAAUGAGAUGAAUGUAAGAUUGCGCUUCAUUGGGAUGAAAA